UUCAUAUCUUUGUUUUGCCGGAUGUGGGGUCUCUGGAGCUGCAGUGGUUAUGGCGGAGGUCGCCGGCUGUCUGAGGAACGGAGCACACAAACUCUCUGUCGUUAUAACACUACGGAGACGUUAUCAUCAUCUGUGCGCUCCUGACAGGACUCCCGGAGUGACCGAGCACACGCGGAACCGAGGCUACAGCAGCGGGCCGCGCGAGGACCCCGCUCCUCUGCACCGGAGCCCAACCGAGUACUACGACAUCCUGAGGGUCUCGCCGAGCGCCACGCCCGCGCAGAUCAAAAGCGCUUAUUACAAACAGUCCUUCAUCCAUCACCCGGACCGGAACCGGGACCGCAGCGAGGACGCGGCGCGGCUCUUCGCGCUCGUCGCCGAGGCCUACAGCGUGCUCGGGGACAGCGGCCUCCGGAGGAAGUACGACCGCGGGGUCCUCAACCGGACCGACGUGCAGAGCGCCGGGAGACCGUCACCCUCGCGCGCGUCCACGCCUCGGCGCGCGCCCUUCGACUUCGACGCGUUCUAUCAGGCGCACUACGGCGAGCAGCUGCAGAGAGAGCAGCAGAUGAGACGCAGGCGCGAGCAGACGCGGCAGCAGCAGCAGCACACGCUCCGAGCCUGGAGGAGGAUGAAGAUGAACGAGGUGACAGUGGCCCUGCUGCUGCUCUGCGGAGGCGGCAUCCUCAUCAGCCUGAGACCCUGACUCCUGACCCCUUCUGGAGAAGUGCAGCCAACUAACUGAAACACAGAGUCUAUUAUCAGCAGUUAAAACUGUACACUGUACAAUUUUGUGCAUCAUAUAAAAUGUAUCUGAUCCUGUACCAUAA